AUGAUUGGAGCGCGGCGUGUCGCUUACGUGCACUCUGACGAGCUUAUCAGAGCGGCAGACUGCUUGCCCGCGAACGAGGGGAGGGCGUCGCUCGUUCACUCUCUUGUCGACGCUUUCUCCCUCCUUGACGACGGCGACGGCUCGCGGGAAGGUCCGGCUCAAGCGAGGGUCGUUGAGCCAGAACGUGCAAGUAGGACCGAGUUGCUGAGGUUCCACGACGAGCGGUACAUCGACGCUAUUCUUGGCCGCGACCAUAGCGAAGGAGUUUCAAGGGACUUCAGCGAGGAUGAGGAGCCUUUGGGAGAGGAGGACACGCCUUCGCCCCGCUCUUUCGGGCUCGCUGGCGACGCCCUUCCGUCGGAACCGCCUCGAAAACGCCGAAAGACGGAUGGCGUCGGCCUGCAGGACGACUGUCCAGUCUUUUUCGAGCUACCAGACUAUGUUCAGUUCGUCGCGGGAGCUUCGAUAACGGCUGCGAGAAUGCUGAAGGACGGACAAGCGGACGUUGCGAUCAAUUGGACAGGCGGAAGACACCACGCCAAAAGGGGAGAAGCGUCGGGCUUCUGCUACGUUAACGACAUCGUCCUCGCCGUCAUGGAGCUACGCAGUCCGCCUCACCCGCCUCCUCCGUCUUCCUCUCCGUCCUCAUCAACUCGACCAUCCCUUCCAUCCCGCAUCUCGCGCGUCUUGUAUCUCGACAUCGACCUGCACCACGGCGACGGCGUCGAGUCCGCCUUCUUCACCUCACCCUACGUCCUGACCCUCUCGGUCCACCUCCACGCCCCUCUCUUCUUCCCUUCUUCCGGUGCACUCGACUCGACUGGUCCCACCAAUCCGAAAGCGCCAGGUCGAUGUCACGCUCUCAACGUCGCGCUGGAACCAGGGCUGGGAGAGGCGAACUUCAGGCGUGUCUGGGAGAACUGCGUGGAGAAGGUUGCGAAAGGGUACGAUGCGGACGCGAUUGUUGUGCAGAUGGGCGUGGAUGGGAUGGAAUGGAACCUCCCUCUCUCCGCCUACGGCUAUGCACUCGAGCAAGUUCUGAGCUGGAACAAGCGGACACUCGUGCUGGGCGGCGGAGGCUACAACAGCGCGAACGCAGCUCGCGCUUGGGCGUACUUGGCGUCUGUCGCGCUCGGACGUCCGCUCCCGCUUGACUCGCCCAUCCCGUCCGACCUCGACCCCGAACAAUACGCUCACUUCGCGCCCGACUUUGCGCUCGACGUGCCCGAGGGCAACAUGCGCGAUCAGAACACGGAGGAGACGCUUGCGAAGGUGGAGAAGGCGUUCGAGGAGUAUGCGGGAGUGCUGCACGAGCGCUGGGCUAAGAAGCGGGAGAUCAAGCAGGGCGUGCCAUCUUAG